AUGGAAGGCGAUCUGCAGCACCACAGAGACUCCUGCUCCGUCUGCAACACACACUCACCCUCGCAGCCCGCCGAGCCCCCACCCCACUUGAGGGUCAGGUUGUACCUGGCUUAUGCCGACAGACUCACCGGCUGGCUUGAAAUAGCACACUUCGUCAGCGGUGCCAUUUCCAGCAAGCUUGCAACUGUGCUGAGGCGAUACUUCAGUCGGUGGGGUGCCCCUGAGUCAGUCUCCACAAACGGGGGUACCAAUCUAACCAGCGAGGAGAUGUGCAACUUCUUUGGGAGGUGGGGAGUGGAGCGGAGAGUCGCCUCUGCUCACUUCCCACAGUCAAAUGGGCGGGCUGAGGCUGCCAUAAAGUCCGCUAAGAGGCUGCUGCGGGCCAACACGGGAGCUGGGGGAAGCCUGGACACUGACAGAGCUGCAGUGGCUUUACUCCAGUACCUAAACACGCCUCUGCGGGGCAUAAACAAGUCACCAGCUCAACUGGCCAUGGGCAGGCAGCUACGCGAUGGUGUGUCAGUGCACCACCAGCACUACAAGGUGGACAUAUGUUGGCAGCAGGCACUACGGGCAAGAGAGCGUGAAGCAGCGUGGCAGCAGGAGGCAUGGGCCAAUAGACAGGGGACGCCAAGAACCCUGACCCCCCUCACACUCGGCUCACAGGUAUGGGUUCAGGAGCCGUCUACGAGGAAGUGGGACAGGCGUGGUGUUGUCACUGAAGUGCGGCCGCACCGUCAGUACACACUCAAGCUAGAAGGGAGUGGGCGGCUCCCAUUACGCAACCGCCGGCAUUUGCGACCCAUCCGAGGUGCUUCGCUGGCCCCGGCGGGCACCACCGCCUCCCCUUCCCCACCUGAGCCCUGCCCCACCGCUCAACAGAACACAGGGUCCCGCCCGACAAGACGCAUCAGGCAGCCGCCAUGGAUGGCAGACUAUGUCUCUGGCACGCCCUUACAAUGGAUGUUGUGUGUUUGCGUGUAUGUGUGUGCGUAUGUGCGUGCAUGA